AUGGGGGAUCUAAGACCAGCCCUAGGGAACCCAAGAGCAAUCACAAGGAAGCCAAGACCAGCCACAAGGAAGCCAAGACCCACCACAAGGGAAGCCAAGACCAGCCACAAGGAAGGACCAGCCACAAAGAAGCCUAAGACCCACCACAAGAAAGGGGACCCACCACAAGGAAGCCAAGACCAGCCACAAGGAAGCCAGCCACAAGGGAAGCCAAGACCCACCACAGGGAAGACCAGCCAACCACAAGGGAAGCCAAGACCACCACAAGGGAAGCCAAGACCAGCCACAAGAAAGCCAAGACCAACAAGAAGCCAAGACCAGCCACAAGGGAAGCCAAGACCAGCCACAAGGGAAUCCUAG